UGUUUUCAUAGUUACAAGUGAUCGCUUUAAGCAACCCAGAUGUUGUGUCAAAUUCAACUUUUACUCUCACUCUCCGGUGAUGUGACAGGUCAACAUGUCGAUGGAAAGCUCGGAGUUCACAUUCCAGUCAUCUGUGCACAGUUCCUACGUUCUGCAAUGUCUGAAUGAGCAGAGGAAGAAAGAUCUUCUGUGUGAUGUGACUAUUGUAGCGGAGACCCAGAGCUUCCGGGCCCACCGGGCAGUUCUGGCAUCCUGCAGUGAUUACUUCAGCGCCCGUGUGUCCAGUCAUACACAUGAAGGGAUUGUCAUCAACCUUCCUGAUGAGGUAACCUCAGAGGGGUUUGAACCCUUGCUGGAUUUUGCCUACACCUCAAAACUCCUCUUUACCAAAGAGAACGUGCUGGAAAUUCGUAACUGUGCUUCAGUUCUUGGUUUCAAGAACUUGGACAAAGCCUGCUUUGAUUUCCUUCUCCCCAAGUUCUUUGACAGCAGCAGAAGCACAUCAAAAGUCCAGAAGAAGUGCUGUAAAACCAAAUGCUGCAAAUCUCGAGGGGCUGAAUUGAGCUCGAUUAACAAGGAUGAUGCUAUUGAUGAAGAUAAAUCAUUACUUCAACCCUCAGAGCCUCCGCUUAAAGCCAAAGAGCCAUCUUGCCAUCAGUCGGUGGCCAUUGAGGAUGUCGCAAAAAGCUGUUACAGUGGGAAAGACACAGAUUACUCCUUCCUGUGCCCGAAAUACCGGAAGUUUCAAAUCGCUUGCGGGAAGGAGCGAUCCUGUCUGGAUGUCUGCGACUCGACGCCCAUGUCCCUUGACAAGACAGAUGACGACUGUCCUUUAAACUACCUUCCUUGCUCAAGCAAUGGAGACUGCAAGGAUAUAUUUCCAUACAAUAAAACAGAUGAAGAUGAAGAUUCUCCUCAUCCCGAAUUGUGUCCUCUGAAUCCUGAUCCUUGCACUGGCCAGCCAUCCUUUCCAACCUGCAACGAGUCGGCACAUUCCACUUGUGACUCAGGAGACUUGUCUAAACGGGGAAUGUCCCCUCGCUCAGGAAUAGAUGAUGCUGAGAGACCAUGCAUGGAGCUCAGAGAUGAACAGAGGAGCACAGAGGAAAUCGAGGUGGCCAAGCAGCUUACAUUCUGGCCGGAUUCUUGUCAGGCGUCUCCCUCUGGCCUGGGCUUGGUGGAGAAACCCUCAAAUUGUCUGAAAAGCUGGUACCUGGAUUCCAGAACUUUAGAGUGUCCAUUUAUGCAGAGCUUUGGCGCAGUGGGUGCUCAACUACACGAUGGAGAGGGGGGAUCCACGUCCCAGGGCAGUCCGUACUUACCCUCCAACCAAUCAGGGGAGGACUCUGAUAGUUUUGACACAGAGGGGGACAGUGAGUCUUACAGCAGUGAACGAGUGUGUGAGAUGGCGCUGCCGCUCUCUGUGGAUCAGAUCGUGUCUCUGAGCAGGAACGACUUCCAGCAGAUGCUGAAGCAGCAGUGCUUGACACGGGAACAGCUUGAUGUUGUGCAUGACAUCCGCAGGCGGAGCAAAAACCGGAUUGCAGCCCGUCGCUGCCGCAAGCGGAAACUUGACUGCAUACACAACCUGGAGUGUGAAAUCGAGAAACUGAGGAGUGAGCGAGAGAAGCUGACCGUAGAAAGGAUAAAGCUGAAUCAGAUGAAGUUGAAGACCUGGCAGAGUUACUCAGGCCUGUACGAGAGGGUCUGUGCUGAAGCCUCCCUCAAACCUGAGCAGCUACAGGUGCUGGCCAAAUAUUCCUCUCCGGACUGCCCUCUGUCUGCUUUCCUGUGCUCCUCCCCAGACUCACACACGGCCCAGGCUUCAGACCUUUCCACACACACCUGUUGCUCUGGAGCCAAACCAUCAGUUCAUUCCUCAAUGGAAAACACCGUAGCACAAUCAAGCUCACAGAACCUGUUACCUCUGGGGGUCGUAGAAGCUCAGUCACAAACCUGUCCACCCGACGCCUCGGCUGUUGACAAAAGUGAGUGUCGUUCAAUGGUGAAACUCAGCACAGAUCUUCUCAACAGCAAGCAUAAAACAAACAAACAGCAAAAUUAGUUGUUUGUUGAAGGAAGGACCACAGAAAAUUACGGAAGGAUUUUUUUUACAUCUUAUACUCACUCACUGAAGAUGCAUUUAACAAACGUGAUAUCACUACUGUCCUCGACUGAUUGUAGGUCGUACGUCUUGUGUGUGUAUGUGUGUGUGUGUAUGUAUAUAUAUAUACACACACACACACACACACUUUUUUUUACUCAAACCCUUUAAGCAUUAACAUUAAGUUUGUAUUGGUCAGUGUUCAAUGAAGUAUUCCUUUAACUAACACAUGUCCCUGAACAUCCUCACAUCCUUAUAGAAUCAAUCAGCCAGGAUCAUUUUUGGACUCACAACACAAUAAACCUCACCAAUAAAAACUUUUCAUCUUCUCAGGGGACAUAAUACUAUUGGACUAUUUUUGUACUGUCGUCUGUUUUUGCUGAAACUGUGCCAUUCUUUUAAGUCUGGAAACUUUAGAUAAGAGACUAGUGAAUCUGGGAUCAAACUCUCAGGUGUUCAGAACUGCACUUACUGUUAUUUCACUAAUACUGAUUUUAUGUAAUUGAACUUUUUUUCCAUCAGGUCCAAAAUCCAAUGGUCAUUUGUAAGCAAAACACUUUUUUCUUAUUAAAUGUAAUUCUAUUUUGAUUAUUGUGCUCUAACAUCUUGCUUGGGACCAAAUUAUUGUCUCUUAAGAAACUGAAAGCUUAAUAAAUUAUGAAAAUGUGUAUAUUUGAAAAA